AUGUAUAAAUACGUGUUGAUUUUCAUAAUAAAACGAUCUGUUGCCUGGCCCUUGUCUUCUGUUGUUACAUUUGGUGUCGCUGCCUACCGACAAAUGGAAAGCCUAUGCCCUGCUGUUUUCGAUGGAGACAUAUGGAUCUUCGGGCAGGACUUCAAGGCUUCUGCGCAGUUGAGUGGCGUUCAAGAUCUGUCAGCGAUGGAGCUGCUACUUGGGACGCUGCUGGGAGGUCGGGUGAAAGCAGCAUAUGAAAGUGUGAGCCGAAGUAUGGACGAAUGUUCGACAGGGUCAGGCAAACAGUUUCCAAAGUGGGAAGGACCAUAUAUGGUCACUUCGAGAUGGGGUUACGCAGACACAGUCGCAAUGGCGAACAAUGAGAGGCGCGUGAACGUCAGCGAGCUCCAGAAAUGGAUACAGCGAGACAAGCCAACGAUGACGCCUGCACCAAGUAGAUCAAGCCGACUUCAGUCGCACGUAUUUGACGGGGGGACGAGUGUGGUGAGAGCAGGCUGCUAGCCGAUUGGUUGGCACUAAUCUACGUUAAGGUCUAGGUCACUAAUAUGGGCCGUGAGAAAAUAUGAACAAGCAUGAGUAAACAACCAAUCAGAAGCCUGCGUUUGUCUACCUAAACAACCAAUCAGAUGACUGCGCUUGUCUAUAAUAAUGUAGUUGAAAGAUGUAUAAAUACGUGUUGAUUUUCAUAAUAAAACGAUCUGUUGCCUG